CAAUAAGUUGUGCAAUCAUGCCUUGCUUGCAGCUCCCUUUGUUCAGGGCUCAGCAGGAGAAAUGUCUCCACCACAGAAAGCUGCUGACAGCGUUUUAACAGACAUGACCGCGUACCAUUCCAGCUCUUGUUGACCUUUACUGGCUGCUAAAUUUUAGAAUUUAUCUUAAGAUUUUAUUGCUUUCUUUAAAGCUGCCCUAUGGUUAUAAUAAUUCAAUUGAGUUUUUAUUUCACUGCCUUUUGAUUUUUUACGAAGAUUAAGUUAAAGAAAAUUUUGUAGCCUUGUUUUCAGUUUUUGUUAUAUAAUAAUUAUUAUGUUUGCAAUGUAAUUACAAGACUAGUUAAACUGUUGCUGAAGGAGGCACAACAGCAGCUCACUUUCACUACACUGACACCACAGAUAUAUAAAAGCAAGUCUUGUAAUUAAUAUAUUCAGUUAAUAUUAUAACAACAUGGUCAAUACAUUGAUCUUGGGUGUUUCCUCCCUGAACUUGCUUUCAUAAGAUAUGUAAAGGUAAAUGAAUAAGCCCCAUGUGGUUAGGAUUAGCAAAAACAUUGAGUUGUUAUGAGACCUAUGCCAUAAUGCUUUUCACGUGACACCUACAGGUUGUGGACUAAACACUUCUCAUGCAACAACAAUUGCCCAUCUGCUGCGUUGUACAGUAUUGACUCAGCCUGCGGUCAACAGCUCCAUCUAGUGGAAUGUUUUAUGAACGGCACGACGGUAACUCAGUCGGACUUCACACGAUUAAAAAUACUACUGAUAGAUAUGUCGUCAGCUACUUUUGAAGACAAACGUAAUGGACUAUUUCCCAUUAUAUUUCCUUUUAUUUUCUUCUCAUAUUAUUUUUAUCCACCGGGUUGUUCUUGGAGUAUUUGACCUCCCUAGCAACGGCCAUUGGUUUCCAGUUAAACGGUCAUCUUUCUUUCUUUUUUUUUAACACGUUACACUUCCCAAAUUGACCAAACUUUCUCAGACACAGGUGAGGCUCUCAGGAUCUUGUGGUGUGAUGGAUCAGCUCAGUGAGGAUCAGUCAGUCCUGCCCACGGGAAACCAGGAUCAGAUAGAGGACAAGGAGAAGCCAACCCAGGGCCAAGAGGGCGAUAGUGGUGAUGAGUGGGACACUGAUCUGGAAACAGACGAAGCCACAAAUCAGAGACAGAGUCAGAGACAGAGUUUUUCCCGUGCAGAGCUGUACCUGCAGGCCUGUCGGCGGACAGGGACCAUUCCCGUUUCCUCCUUCCUCCACCACUUGGGUGAAGUUAGUCUCAACCUGAAUCACUAUGGAGUGGGACCUCAGGGGGCCAAAGCUCUGGCCAUAGUUUUGCAAAGUGACAAUCUCAUCACCAACCUUGAGCUGGAGGACAACGCGCUUUGGGCAGAGGGGACACGCUAUCUGAAGGAGAUGCUUCAAACAAACAUCUGCAUUGAGAGUCUAAAUCUUUCCAACAACCAGCUGCACCUUGAAGGAGCGGACAUCAUAUCUAAGAUGCUGUUAGACAAUUACUACAUCAAAUCCAUCAAACUCUCAGGAAAUGAGUUUGAUGAUUCUGCUGCAAAAUGCUUUGCUGACGUUUUAAAGGGUGACUAUGUGGUCAAAGAGCUGGACCUCAGUCACAACAAGUUCUGUGAUACAGGAGGAGAACAUCUGGGUCAUAUGUUAGCCAGAAAUGUAGGUAUUGAAGUCCUAAAUCUGAGCUGGAAUCACCUUCGUAUGCGAGGUGCAAUUGCUUUGAGUGCUGGACUGAAGGUGAACUCAACUCUGAAGCAUCUCCAGCUGUCGAGGAACGGUUUUGGCCACAUCGAGGCAGAGUCGCUGGGUCAAGCUCUGAAACAAAACAGCACGCUGCAGCUGCUGGACCUCAGCAGUAACUGUAUGGACGAUCAGGCCGUGACACUGCUCUGCCAGGGCCUGGCCACCAACGACACCCUCAGGGUCCUCAAGCUCUCCCAUAACCCCCUGACAAAUAUCGGAGCUCUUACGCUGCUCAAGACAGUUAAAAACAACAUGAAAUCAGCAGUGGAGGAGAUUGAUAUUUCUACAGUGUUUGUGUGUGAGGCCUUUGUGGAGCUGCUGGAACAAGCCCGUCAGACGCAUCCCGCUCUGGAUGUUCAAUACAGCAUCAUGAGCUCCGUCACCAGGAACAUAUCUGCCCUCCAGAUCUUUCAGAAAUUCCUUGGAGAGAGAAAUGAGAGCAUCAUGGACUUCUUCCUGGCUUUGGAUUUAAAGGGAACGAUGAGGGUCUCCACCUCUGCUUUCAGGAAGGCUGUAAAAGAAGCUAACGUACCUUUGGAUCAGCGACAGCUUGAGUGGUUGAUCAGGAAGUUUGACCACAAGUGCACAUCCACCAUAAUCUACAGCCAGUUUUCAGAGCUGUCAUAGGUACCGAGAUGUACAGCGCCACUAAUAUAAACAUAGGGAUACCAGAAGGGACAUCUUCAAAUAAAAGCUAAUGGAGUCUGUAA